AUUGCAUUGACAGUCAAAUUGUCAACUGAGUUCAAAACCAAAAGUUGUCGAUCUAAACAAAUCUUAAGAAACCAAUACAAAUUUCUUUUCUAAAAGUUAUAAAUAAAUAUUUUUAUUGCUUUAGUUAUGAGCAAACGAUAAUCCAGAAUGAAUCGUGAGCAAUGUUGCCGUUUGUGUAUGUCCGCAAACACCGACGAACACCUGAACAUAUUCAGUGACAUUGGUAUUGAAAUGAAGCUAUGCGAAAUCAUCAGUAAAUAUUUCGACUGCGAGAUUAGUGAGGUGGAUCCAUUACCUAAUCUCGUAUGCCAAAAGUGCUGGCAAACCACAGAUGCUUUCCAUGAACUGUAUCAAAAGUCGAAAAUAGUUCAAGAAUCACUUCUAAAUCCACCCAUAAAAUUUGAACCGGGUGAGAGUGAACUGUGGCAAAGCCAUCAGGAAUCCAUUUUUGUCGAAGAAGCACAUUUGGAGGUUGGCCCGGUCAAACCAGAACUGAACUUGGACGAUUCAAUUUCGAAUGAUAAUGAUCAAAUGGACUAUGGCGGAAGCACAUUUGACUCAGAUGACCAAAGCGAUGAUGAGGAUAACGGAAAUAUAACCGAUAAAAAUGAUCCAGACUACAAGUGCAGUGAAGAUGAAGAGGCCAAGUUGCCACUAAAUGAUUUACCAUCAACUGAUUUAUCACCAAAAAAGUUACCGCUAAGUAAGACGCCACCAAAGAAGCCAAAAAGAAUCAGAAAACCUGUGAAGCAAACCAGAGCGGAGAAAAAUAGAAAGUUUGAUCAAUUUUGUGCUGAACACAAGGAUCUACUGAAAAUGAACUGUGAUUUGUGCCCGACAGUAUUCAAAAAUCUUCGUGAAGCCCGAGAACACUAUGCCAAAAAGCACAAUAAUCCAAAUGGGUACAUAAAAUGUUGUGCAGCCAAAUUACUUUAUCAAAGUCAAGUUAGGGACCAUAUAAAAAAUCACUUCGAACCAAAAACACCAAAACCGAAAACUCGACGAAAGAAAAACCUGGCGUGCAAGAUUUGUUCGAAAUCAUUUACCUCGAAACAAAGUCUAUUAUUACAUAGGAGGGCGCACAAAGAGAACGAUGAAAGCAAAGAUGGGCUGUAUUUGAAAUUCAUAGCCGAUCACUUCGAUAUGAAAUGUGAUUUCUGUGAAACCGUGUUUCGUGGAUAUUAUGAAGCGCGUGAGCACUAUAAAGAAGCUCAUAAUGAAGAUAAGGGAUACAUAAAGUGUUGUAACGUAAAGUUAAGAGAACGGUAUCUUGUCAAAGACCAUAUCAAAAGUCAUUUAGAACCCGAAGUUUUCAAGUGUGAUAUAUGCCGUAAAACUUUUGCGACACGAAUGAAUCUGGUCAAACAUAAGCAUCGACAUUAUUUGACUAAGAGUAAAUCCUUCAUUUGUGACUACUGCAAAAGAGCUUGCCGAGAUAAAGAACAAAUGGUGCGACACAUGUUCACCAAACAUAAGUUCGUUGAGGCGAAAUUCGAGUGCAAAAUUUGCCAUAAAAUGUUCCAAAUAGAGUCAUUGUUGAAGACUCACAUGUAUACGGUACAUCGGGAGAAGAAAAGCAUUGGCACAUGUGAAAUAUGCGGAAAAAGUUUCAAUACAAUCUAUCUUCUUGACAAGCAUAAGCUUCAACACAUCGAUAAAUCCGAACGAUUGAUUGAAAGGACCCAGUGUGAACAUUGUGGUGAUUGGAUUGCCACCAGCAGCGGAUUGUUUUAUCAUCAACAGAUUCACACAAGUGGACCACAAAAAUGUAAACAUUGUGAAAUGGAACUUCCAAACCGAGUUGCUUUAUUGGGACAUAUUCGAAAUCAUCACCGUGAGCACAAGUACAAAUGCAACUACUGUGGUAAAACAUUCUCAAUCCCUUCAACAUUGAAGAAACACGAGGAAAGCCACACAAGAGACAGAGUUUAUUCCUGCAAAUUUUGUGAUAAAACAUUUACAGUGGCAUCUUCUCUGUCUACACACAUGGGCCGUGAUCAUCCAGAAGAGAGGAAACGUUUAAGAGAAAUGAGGAAAUUAAAAAGAAUUCCUGCACAUAGCAAAGCCGACUAAUGAUUUUGUACUGUUUUUAAGAAGUGCUCGAUUUAAAAAAAAAUCCAUAAACGAAUAAAGACCAAUGAUAAUUUUAAAAUGAAUAAAACCUUACAAUACAAACCAAAUAAAA